GGCUCUUGACGUGGCGACGCUCGUUCUACGUGUCCAGGAGCCGGAGCUGCAGCAAGCACUCCGGUCGGAGCUGAAAGGGUCGGGGGGCUUCGGCCGAAGGAAAGGGACCAAGAGGUGGAUGACGGGGCGAGAGGAGGUUGCUAUUCUCUCGAUGCCCUCGGAGCAUCAUGCCACUCCUCUCCGUUGCUCGCUCAGUCGAGAGCCCUGCCAGCGAGAGAAAGUGAAAGCGAGAGAGAGAGAGAGAGAGGGAGGGAGGAGGUGUCCUCAGUGUGCACAUCAUCUCUGCCUCGGCCCGAUUUGCAAGUGGUCAAUCAUUGGGGCCUUACGCGUAAUUUGAUCUAUGGGUGGAAUCGAGUUCUUCGAUCGUCUCGGGCCCUGCGGAUUCGACAGUCGCUGCCGUCUGAGAGGGACGAGGAUCGAGCGCGGGAGUUUGGAUGGGGGGAUGGGACGGGAGGGAUCCGUGGAAAGUAGGUGGGCAGGUUUGUAAUCGAGGGCCCCGGAUGUUGAUGUGGCAUGCAAGUCGGGGCUAGGUUCGGAUAGGACGGAAACCGGGGCGAUGUUGUUGCUCCGACCACCUAGAUCCUCGUCAUGAGGUCUGAGAGUGAGAGUGGAAGUAGGCUGGGACGGUCGGGGUUGAGUAGGGAUGUGAGUGAGUGCGUGGGUGUAGGUGGCAGUCAAUGGGGUUACAUUGUACUGUGAUUUCAUGUAUUUUUAAUGUUGGACAUUUGUCGCACGGCGAAGUUGCCGAUUUUGAAGGUGUGCUUGUCGUAGUCGCUGGAGUGUUGCAGUCGGGUGACAUGUGUGGAGUAGGUUUCCUCGCAACAAUGUUGCGUUCGUCCUCAUUCUUUGUCGUCUGAGUUGGUCUUGCUUUUCUCAUAUCUCCGUUCUGGGAUUAGGCACUGUGGACUGUUCGGAGCCACUCUCCCGAGUAACUGGUGGUAAGAGUUAUGAUCGUAUCAUGUGUGCGUCUCAUCGCUCGGGAAGCUUUUUUUCUCCCUUCCCAUUCAAUCAGACGGUUCUGGCUCCCACUGUGUCAGUUGGUCUUACCAGUAGAUCUGUUUUUUUGUGCUUCAUGUGAACUAUCGGCAGUCCCUCCGUUUUCUUUUUUGCAUCCAUGUGUCACAGGAGCUCGCCCACUCAGCCACACAUGUUUGUACGACAGCCACGGCUAUUCGUGUUCAGAUGUCACUCUGUGUCGAUCUCACGGAAUUGAGAAUUGUCGCACUCCGCAGUCGACCUCUGGCCGUACAUUUAAAUCGUCUUCGCCAUCCUUGCUGGAGCAGUGAUUUGGACCUAACGAUGUUCUGCGUAUUUGGUAGCUGUCGUUGGUUGCAGUAUUAAACUGGUCACAGAGGAGUGAAGAGGCGACCGAGGUCUUUCCAGGCAUUGCAUUUUCAAGUCCGCAGCGAUGGCGUUGGACAGAGCUUGGUUUAACCCGGUCAUUCUGAAUCCCAAGGCAUUGCCGGCCUUGCUGCACCCCGUGCCCAAGGAUAAUCCCCACAGGACUGACGUUGUGGUGGAUGAAGGGCCUUACGGUACUCAUGACGAGUUCAUGGCUUGUCCUCCCAAAGUUCCGCACAACUUGAGAAAUGACGACAUAGACAAGUCGAUGCCCAGAUGGACCAUCAAAGAGCCAUUGGAUCCUCUGACACUCGACAAACCAUACCCGCAAAUAUGGCUUAUAGGCGAGGAGGUGAAGACGAAGAAGAAGGGUGCAAAUAUGGAAACGAAUCGGCAUACAAAUCCCUUGGAUCCGAAGUAUAUACUGCCGUCUGGAGAGUGCUUGCUGCCGGCCGGCAACUCAGAUUUCUUCUCCAACAGAGUGAGCAAUCCGAUGGACUGUAGUGACAUCGAAGGCGCAAAGCCCGAGGCCUUCAGCAAGCGACCAUACAGGGAAUGCUGUGGAGAGUGUGAAAUAGAUCCGAAGACUCGCCCAGCCAAACUCACUCACACGAGGGAAAAGUGUAACAUCGGAGGAUGCUUGAAUUUGUUUGACAUCAGCCUUGGGAAAAAACAUUUCGGGUUUAUCAGAUAUCCACAAUCCAAUCCAUGCGACCCGAUUUACCCGACUGAACCUCACGAGACACCGCAUAUGAAGUAUAAAAGACUCAAGAAGGCCGUCCUACCGCCCCACAAAGAGAAGUCGAGUGUAGCCGAGAGGGCUCUCGAUGUUAUGUAUUGGAAAGCGGAGCAGCUGCCAGAUGUAUGCAGACGAUACGGAAACCUUUACUCGGGUUGUGUGGAUUACGAGGGAUUAAGGAAAAGCUUAGAGCAAUUUGGACUGAAUCUCAACGACAAGGAUUAUGCCAGACUCCUUCGUUUUGCAGAUAAAGAGGGAAGAGGUGUGGUAAAUGCAAGGGACUUCGCGGCGCAAUUGAGGCACAAUGAUGGUUUGGAAGUGGACCAGGCACACAAACUUGGUUACAACCUCGGGGUAAACUGGGGGCACUUCAAGUACGCAGCUCAAAAGCCUACGUGCAUGGGCCAAGGUUGUGCAGUCAUCGUCGAAGACAAACCGUCGGGUUGCAAGAAGAUUGUUUGGGCUGAUAAUGAGCAGAAGUACAAUCCGUUCACGGGAGAAAUGCUCCCAUAUCAGAGACCAGCCAUGAUGUCUACUGGAAAUUCGUUUCAGUACAAUCUUGCAGAGAUCCAAGCCGCGAUGUUUUUGAAAGACAAAGAGAAGAAUUACUACAUCCCAGGCCCUUACAUUCCCAGAGGAUCCAUACCCGUGACCCAUUCAUGUGCAAUUUCGAAGUCUUGUACACUGCCGCAUGUUUUCAUGGAAGGAACAUCAUCUCAUCCCGAAGGUGCUCAUCAUGACCAUGUUCAUAAGCAUUCACCCGAGCCGCGAGGUUCGCAGUUUCUCGCACCAGAAUUCUUAAUGCAAGCUCUUCCGCAAGCGCCUGAACAGCGGCCACAGAAAGUCUCCUUCCAGGUCCCACUUCCUGUGGAAAUGGGCGGACGAGCAUCUCUUUUAGACACUGCCAAAGGUGUAGGUGCUGUUGUACGAAAGGCCUCGAUAGAAGGGCGGAAGCUUUCUGAAGGUUUCAUCAAAUUACCAUCACUAACAGCGAUCAACUCGGUUCCUAUACCUGUGAACAAUGAUAAAGGCGAUGAGGUGAAGUGGAGGCGUGUGGAGCCCCCAAAACAGCCGAGACAGCCUUAUGUCUCUUACAGAGAACGAGUGAAAACAUCUCACCGAACUGCAGAUAUUGAGGCCGUAAAGAGCCUGAUUUUGCCCUAAGUGGACACUGACCACUUCUUUUAUCUUGCGUUGGUUCUUACAUCACCUCUUCGCCGACUCGAGUCGACUGAAGAAUUGAUCGGUUGGAGGUGCUUAGCUGCGGAUUUGUGUUGACAAUGAUAAUGUUGCACCAUUAACAAUGUCUUACCACUGAAUUCAAUCACUUGAUCAUACUUGAAAAGGUAAGGGCUCAGCUUCUCACUAUGUAGUUACUGAACUUGGCAUCUUUAGUGCUUCAGUGGUGUCCUAAGGAGUCGACAAACCUAGCACUUGGUCUUAUAUCCUUGCUUGAUUGCAAAGGAUAUCCGAUUCACUUGAAGAUGCUGCGUACAGACUGUAUCGAAGGGUGAGCCAAUACGUGAACUCAGACGCGAUGAAAAUCACUUCUACAUUUGUUCUGAACGGCAAUUGUUUAACAAAAUCAGCUGUCCGGAGGAAGAAACUGGACGCAAUCUUUAUGCCGUAAGGAUGCGGAACUCCCUGUAUCACAUAUUCACUAAGAAAUGAAACUUUUGCACUGAUGACUCUCUUUGUCAAUACACGUGUCAACCUUUCUUCGUGUAGACCGCUCCAUUAGUCUGUGGGCUUCGUGAAACGUGCCUGUAGCUAGUUGCCACGAUUGUUGUGUAGGAGAUCUAUGUCUUCGCUGAGCAACAUGAUGUCUCAGGAAGUUGGACCUUGGCAUUCUCUCGAUGUCGAUAUGAAAUAAAGAUAUGAAGACUGG